UCACCAGGAGUGGUCCCUUUUUUUAAUCUGACUGUCACUGUGAAAAGACCAUGGAGCUGCGUGGUGCUGAAACGCUUUUCCGCACACAUAGUCGCGAUUUUUUACAUUUUUAACAGAAUCACAAAUCUCUGGAAAAUAUUCAAAUCCACUGCUGCGGGGAAAACAUUCAUCAUCGCCGGAAAAACCCUUUGUUUCGUCAACUGAAGGGCUUUCAACCUGCAGCAACGAUGGCGGCUGUUGUGACAAAGGGAUCAUUGCGGAGGUACGUGGCGCUCUUCCUUGUUUUUGCCCCCGUCCAAUACGCAUCCUCCGCGGUGACACAUUACUCCAUACCCGAAGAGAUGAAAGAAGGAUCGGUUGUCGCUAAUCUCGCCGCCGAUCUCGGCCUCGACGUUACAACGCUGACAAAGAGAAAGAUGCGAGUGGAAGUAAUCGCUAACAAAAAAUAUUUGGACGUGAACAAAGAGACUGGCGAGCUGUAUGUCUUGGAAAAGAUCGACAGAGAGCACAUUUGCACCACCAAAUCAUCAGCCUCUUGUUACCUCAGGUUGGAAGUAACAUUGGACAACCCGGUGCGUAUUUUCAAUAUGGAGGUAGAAAUUUUGGACAUGAAUGACAACGCCCCGCAAUUUCGGAGAGACGUCAUUCAUUUAGAUAUAUCUGAGGCGACGCCAAAGGGGGAGAGGUUUUCCCUCAGUAACGCGGUUGAUCGUGAUGUAGGCACUAAUGCGCUGAAAACAUAUCAUCUAAGCGAAAGUGAAUAUUUUAACAUCGAAGUUCAGACAGGGAGGGAAGGGUCAAAGUUUGCUGACUUAAUAUUAAAAAAAGGAUUGGAUCGUGAGAAGCAGGCUGUUCAUCAUUUGAUACUCACAGCUGUGGAUGGAGGAACCCCUGCCAGAUCUAGCACUGCCAGUGUUAUUGUCCGCGUUUUGGACACAAAUGACAACGCUCCUACGUUUGACAAGGCUAGUCUAACAGUUAAAAUCCUGGAAAAUUCCCCCAUUGGAAGCCUUGUUAUUCAUCUCAAUGCAACAGAUUUAGAUGAAGGAUCAAAUUCUGACAUUACAUAUUCAUACAGUUUAUACACAUCAGAGAAAACGCAAGAAACAUUUAGUUUAAAUCCAAACACAGGUGAAAUUACUGUGAAAGGAAUGCUGAAUUAUGAGGAUUUUAGGAUUUAUGACAUGGAAGUUAUAGCAACAGAUAAAGGAGCAAACAGCUUGUCAGGACAAUGUACCAUAAAGAUUCUAGUUGAAGACAUGAAUGACAACCACCCAGAAAUAUCUAUUAAAUCAUUUCAGAGUCCAGUCAGUGAGAGCAUAGAGUUGGACACGGUGAUCGCUGUAGUUAGUGUAAAUGAUAAAGACUCAGGUGAUAAUGGAGUGGUUGAUCUUCAUAUUCCAGAGAACAUGCCUUUCAAACUGAGGGAGUCCUCUGAUAACUAUUAUGAGUUAGUGGUGUCAGAGCCUUUAGACAGAGAGAAGGUCCCAGAAUAUGAAAUCACUUUCACUGUCACAGACAGAGGCUCUCCUCCUUUAUCAGACAAUGAAACUAUGACUUUGGAGCUGCUGGAUGUUAAUGACAAUGUUCCACAGUUCCCCCAGUCAUUUUAUACUAUACGUGUUCUGGAGAAUAACGCACCGGGGGCCUUGCUCAGCUCUCUUUCUGCAUUUGACCCCGACCUCCAUGAAAACCAGUAUCUAGUUUAUUUCAUCAUAGAGAAGGAGAUCGCCAACACCUCCAUGUCCAUGCUGUUCUCCAUCAAUCCAGAGAACGGGAAUCUUUAUGCUCUAAAAACCUUUGAUUAUGAGAUAGAGAGGGAGUUUCUUUUCCACAUCGAGGCCAGAGACUCUGGUUCUCCUCCUCUCAGCAGCAACGUGACCGUCCACAUCAUUAUUGUGGACCAAAAUGACAACGCUCCAGUUAUCGUCUCUCCGUGGCGCGCUCACGGCUCAGUGGUGGAGGAGAAGAUCCCCAGAUCCACUGAUAAAGGCUCCCUGGUGGCUAAAGUGAUCGCCUUAGACACGGACUCUGUGCACAACUCUCGGAUUACCUACCAGUUUCUGCAGGUGACUGAUGCUUCCUUGUUCAGCCUGGACCAAUACAACGGAGAGAUCCGCACCAUGAGGAUGUUCAGCUACAAAGACUCCCGCCACCACAGACUGGUUGUUGUUGCCAAGGACAACGGGGAGCCUGCUCUCUCUGCUACAGUCACCAUCAAGCUGCUGACAGUGGAGACUGAUGUUAAGGCCCACUCUGACAUGACCGAGAUGCCUCUGGAGUACGACAUCUUUGCAGACAUAAACCUGUAUCUGGUCAUCGGUCUGGGCUCGGUGUCGUUUCUCCUGCUCAUCACCAUACUGGUCACCAUCGUGCUGAAGUGUCAGACACCCAAGGCCAGCAAAGCUGCUCCUCCCAGCAGGAACAGUGUGAUCAGUGAGAGGAACUCCACCAUCGCAGACUCCACCCUGGUCUCCAACGAUGCCUACUGGUACAGUCUGUUUCUAGCAGAGACCAGGAAAGGAAAGCUGGUGGUCAGACAGCCUGUGCCAAAGGGCUCCAGAUACAUCGUGUCCAGCAUCCCGAGAGGGACAGGGCUGUCAGAGACUAGUGACUCAGCAGCUUCCACUCUGCAGCUUCCACUC